AUGCCACAAACAUAUUCCAAAUAUAAUAACAAUAAUAAUAUUACUAUUAAUAAUAAUCACCAUGACAACAAUAAAGAAAUUUCUAAAAUAAUCGAUAAUAAAACACGUCAAUUAUUAUUUUUUCAAUGUUAUAUAAAAUUAAUUAAACAAAAAUUUUUAAAAAAUAAUGAAAUUUUUACAGAAAAUAAUGCUAUUUAUUUAUUAGAAAAAUAUAUUAAAAAAAAUUAUAAAAAAUCUAAAUGUAUUACAUAUUUUCUUAUUGAUCGUAUACGUAUAAAACAAAAAAAUUUUAUUGGUAUAAAACCAUUUCGUAAAGAAAUUAUUUAUAGAGAAAUAAAACAUUUUUUUAUAUUUCCUAAUUAUCCUAAAUUAUUUAUGUUAUGUAUUAUAGAUGAAAAUAAAAAUAAACGUUCAUAUGAAUUAUAUCAAUGUAUGAAUUAUAAUGAUGUAUGUAUAAUAUGUAAUUUAACAUAUAAAGCAUCUAUUGAUAUAUAUAAUAUAUUACAUGAUACAAUAUCAUUAAAACAAAUUACAUCUAUAUCAAGAUCUUCAACAAAUAAUCAUUAUUCAAAACAAGGAAUUCAUGAUUCAAGAUUGAAUAGUUUAUCAAAUGAAGUAUAUAAAAGUAGAGAUAGACAUUUGGGUAUUAUUAAACCUGUAGAAGAUAUUGUUAUUCAUGAACCUAUUCAUCAUAAUGAAAAGAAGGAUGAUUAUAAUUCUAAUUUAAUUGUUAAUUAUUCAAAAACUUAUUCUGUACAUAACAAUAAUGAAAAAUAUCUAAUCAAAGGUGAAUUACCAAAAAGUACAUCAAAUAUUCCUAAACAAAUUAAAGAUUCAACAUUUUCUGAUGAUUUACAAUUAUAUCGUCCAAAAUUUUAUUCAUUGCAUAAUGUAUGUUCAAAUACAUCGGAAUUUAUUAUUCCAGAGAUAAAUAUGACUAAAAAUAAUGUACAUAGUGAUUAUUCUGUACGUAAGCUAUUCCCUAUUCCUUAUAAUAAUAAUAAUAACAAUAAGAAUAAUGAAAAACGACAGAUUUAUAUGACAGAUAAUAAAUUAUUUGAACAAAAGCCAUUAACUUUAACGUCUUUCUCAACAUUAUCAUCGUUAUCAACAUUUGAUGAGGAAUGUGAUCUAGACAAAUAUCUACAUACAAAACAAGAUAUGUUUUCUACAAAUUAUCAUCUUAAUUCCAAAUUUGGAGACGUUAGAAGAAAUUCACUUUUUCCCAGUCAGAAUUUAAAUAGACCACUGGACAGUAAUAAUAGUAUCAGUAUGUUAAAAACAUUUACAAUGGAUUCAGGAAAAAAUCUUUACUGUCGUAAAAAAGAUUUAAAUAUUUGUCAAGACUAUAUGAACGUGAAUAUGAAUGAUUAUGAUGACAAUCACCUUGAAAAUAAACUCAGGAAAUGUAAAUCUAAUGUGGAUAUAAGGUCAGCUGAUAUGACUUAUUUAUGUUUUGAUCCAGUUGCCGGUAUACGUAUUAAUAAUGAGGGCCCAAUUUACAUGUAUAUGGCACGUUAUAAUUCUACUCUAGUAUCACCAAGUCAUGAUUUUGCAGACCCGGAAACUUAUUGA